AAGCUCAAUUCUCUUCACAACACCAGGAGCAACAGCAACUUCAACAACAAAACCAGCAAACAUUUCUACCUGCAGCUUUCCUUUGAUCUUUGAAACCUACUUUUAGAAAAUAUACUGUUUUCUCCGCCAAACCUCGUGCUAGCUAACUUCAACACUAGUCUUGAAUCAUGCAGAACUUGUUUCGCAUAGCUGAUCAUGAAGAUUUCUUCUCCCGUCCAUGCAUUUGGGUUAAUGGUCCGGUGAUAGUAGGUGCCGGACCAUCAGGGCUCGCAACGGCAGCUUGCCUUAGAGAGCAGGGUGUACCCUUCGUUGUCCUCGACAGAGAAGAAUGUAUAGCCUCUCUGUGGCAAAAACGCACAUAUGACAGGCUUAAACUUCACUUACCUAAACAAUUCUGCCAGCUCCCUAAACUCCCAUUCCCUGAGGAUUUCCCUGAGUACCCUACCAAGAAACAGUUUAUUGAGUACCUCGAGUCAUAUGCCAAGCACUUCGAGAUCAACCCAAGAUUCAAUGAGUGUGUACAAUCAGCUAGGUACGAUGAGACCAGUGGCUUGUGGAGGGUCAAGACCGUUUCCACAAAUGGCUCCACUCGUACUGAGGUUGAGUACAUUUGCCGGUGGCUAGUGGUGGCUACCGGCGAGAAUGCAGAGUGUGUAAUGCCUGAUAUUGAAGGAUUGAACGAGUUCGGAGGUGAUGUUACUCAUGCUUGUUCUUAUAAAUCCGGUAAGAAAUUUCGUGGCAAGAAAGUGUUAGUUGUGGGAUGUGGAAAUUCCGGCAUGGAAAUUUCUCUUGAUCUUUGCAACCACAAUGCCUCUCCAUCAAUUGUGGUUCGAAGCACGGUACAUGUAUUGCCUAGAGAAAUUUUUGGCAAAUCAACCUUUGAAUUGGCUGUUAUGUUAAUGAGAUGGCUACCAAUUUGGCUGGUUGAUAAGCUUUUGUUGCUUUUGGCAUGGAUAUUACUUGGAAACAUUCAGAAAUAUGGGCUGAAGAGGCCAUCCAUGGGUCCAUUGCAGGUUAAGAACAUCAUGGGAAAGACACCUGUAUUGGACAUUGGUGCAUUGAAGAAAAUCAGAUCUGGAGAUAUUAAGGUGGUUCCUGGAAUCAAAAGGUUUUCUCGUGGACAAGUUGAACUUGUUAAUGGUGAAACCCUUGAUAUUGAUUCAAUUGUUUUGGCUACUGGAUACCGCAGCAAUGUCCCUUCUUGGCUUCAGGAAGGCGAAUUCUUCUCCAAGAAUGGGUUCCCAAAGGCACCAUUCCCUAAUGGAUGGAAAGGAAAUGCUGGGCUCUAUGCAGUUGGGUUCACAAGGAGAGGGCUCUCUGGUGCAUCCUGUGAUGCCAUGAGAAUAGCACAAGACAUUGGCAAGGUCUGGAAGGAUGAAACUAAGCAGCAAAAGAAGAGAACAACAGCGUGCCAUAGACGUUGCAUUUCACAGUUCUAAAUUAUCUAUCCAAGAAAACAAAAAAAAAAAAAAAAAAGAAAAAAAAAAGAAUUUUCUAACCAGAAAGGAGUUCACUUAAUUAGCUGUACAAAGUAAUAAAAAUACACGUAUGAUACACAGGAGGAAAAACAAACAGACAGCGCAGAGACAGAGCCCUCUCCGAAGGCCCAGAGUUUUGAUAUCUUGGGCAUUUUGAAAACUGAGGAUGACGAGGGUUCUUCCUUUUUUUUAUUUCCAGUUCCACACAGUUAUUGACUUAUUGUAUUACAGUUUAGUUAGCAAAUUAAUUGACAGUUUUUUUGUUUUCUUUUGAA